AUGGAAUGGUUAGGCUCAACAAUUUUAAAAACGUUUUGGAGGCCAAGUGUUAAUGUAGUAAGAACGAGGUACCAUGCUGAUAAAACUAGACUUGUAAGACGGCAUGGAUAUGAAGAGAAAAUUUGGUGUGGGGGCUUAUUACCUCGAACAGUGGGAAAACCAUUACCAAUUCCUGAGUACAGACCUGCAAAUGUGUGGACUGAACGUAAAGCAUUAUUUGGUCAAAAUGACUACAUUGAUAUUUUAGGACCUGGCAAUCUUCAUCCAGUUAAAACACUUUAUAAUGUGCCUACGUGGAUAAGAGGAGUUAGUGGACAUGAGUAUCAUAUUCUCCUUAGAAAGAAGAAAAUGUUUGCUAAAACUGGUUCACCAAAGAUAAGACCAACCAAGUGGAAGGAACUAGAAAAACGUUUAUCAUUUUUGUACAGAAAACUUAAUAGAAAGACUAAAACUGGUCCAUCUCCAGAUUGA